UUGAUAGUAUCUUAAAUGGAACGUGUAACUUUAUACGAAGAAUAUAAACUUAUACAGAAAAAUGAUACGGAAGUGUACGGAAUAUGGAAAGGAGCCCAUUUGCUAUUAUUUUUCUUGGCAUUUGUGUUCGGAUCUUUCUGCACCUUCUGUUUUCAUAUGUUGAUGUAUUUAUUUGACGAAAAAUGUGUUUUAUUUCCUAAACUUCUCUCCUUAACAUCGCUCCGACAAAACAUAAUUUAUGAAUUCAUACCAGAAGAUAAAGAUAUGGCUGACAUGCUGCCAGUAGACUUUGUCAGCACACAGUGGGUGGAGAAAAGCGUUUGCUACUUGCCCACUUAUGUCCCUCUGGUAUCAGGCAUCUUUGGAUUAGUUUGGACGACAAUGUUCCUCAUGUGCUCUUCGGGCAGCCGAGUUCUUACUGGUUUGCAGAGGCCUUGGCGGAUACUACCACCCGUGUUUAUAUUUUCACUGGCAAUGGGGUCUCUGUGUGUCUACUCGUCUAUCGUAACCCACUACGGCCUGCAUGACCUUUGUAUGAAGUUAAGUGAAAUUACUGGAAGCACCACGUGCACAUACACCGUGAACGUGGCUACUCUAGUCUAUGAGCGUCGCAUCAGGGGCGUGUACCAGGCCACUCAGCUGACCAUUCUCUCCGCCUGGCUCCAUACAGCUUGCUGGAUAUUGUCAGCUCUGCUCACUCUCGCUAGAGUGCUGCUGGUUGUCGACUUCCAACUAGUUCGGGUCAGGACAGAACUAACAGGGAAUAUUGACAGAUUUUUGGAACGAAAUGAAAUGCAUAUUCGCACUAUAUCUCCAGAUGUCUGGGAUUCACAAAUUCCAAGAACUCCCUCAAGGGGCAGCGUUAGGGUUCACUUUCAAAAGAAGGAAUAUCUACGAACGAAAAUGUUCCCAGAAAUGAAAAUGACGACUUUAAGUGAUACGGGAGAACUAUUAUAUUUAUCUGCAACGCCACAAUCAUCAUCUAUUCUAGCUCUGGUACCGUCCGAACAGCGUAAACUGGAUAAAUUUUCUAUUUAUGGCUCAAUCCACAAGGAUCAUCACUUUAUUGUUAAGCUUCUAUAUAAUAUAGUGAAUGCUAUAACUGGAAAUAGUCCACUUUCAAGCUUAACUAGCAGUGAGGAAUCUUUAAUAUCAGACACUGGCUCAAUGAAAAUCGCACGUCAAUAUGGUCAAGAGAAAAUUUCAUCAAAAUUUAAUUUUAUACCACCAAGUCAACGAACCGAAUCACAAUCCAUAGUGAGCUUAGAGGAAGCUGAAGAAGUAGCUCAGGGUAUAAGGCUUAUUGUUAAAAGUAAAUUGCAUACACUAUUGGAACAGAGACAUCCACAGUAUCAAUCCACUUUAAACCUUGCAUCUGAAAUUGCUAUGGAUACCGUAAAUACAAAUAUUUCAAUUGCACCAACACCAAUAACGGGACAAAAACACGAAAAAUCAAAGGAGACAGAUUUGGCAAUGCCCGGUACGAGUAAAGAUGCAAAAAAUUCAAUGAAGUCUAGUUUAAAAAACACAGGAACGCAGACACGAAAGAGAAAGGAAUCACAUUCCCAAAGAGUUCAUAUUGAUUCGAAAACUAGUAUGAUAUCAUCAAUAUCUGAUGAAACAGAAAGCGUCGAAAAGGAAACGCAAACACCAAAAAAAGAAAAACAGGAUUAGAAGUAGAUGACAAUAACGUGCGUGCAACUACGACUAUAAUAUUUUUAUAUUAUUAUUAGGGUCUUUAGUUAUAAGUUUAGGCUAUUAUUAAAAAAAAUAUUGAAAUAAUAUAUUGGGCCACACCCACACGCCGAUAUAUUACGUGUUACAGAAAAAUUUGCAGCAGCUAUUUUAAAACGCUGAGUUUUGGUGUGAACUUGUAUAAAUAAUUUUGAUUGCAUAUCUACUUACAAUUACGUUAAAAAAACUAUUUCAUGUUCUAAGAUAUCGCCGUCGUUUCAAAAUGUAAGUAUGUACUUAGGUACUUCGUUUUAAAUGAGUGAUUUAAAAUUUUAAAUAUAAUUUAUGUAAUAAGGAUAUGAUUUUGUGAUUAGUCAUUAGUGUGUUUGUUGUGCGUUUUAAAAGUCAUAGGUAUAUAUAGCAAUUAAACGUAAUACAAAAGGA